UCUAUAACAACAACAAUGGCACAGUCCAUCCUAUCCCGCGCCCAUGCUCAUUCUCCCUCCACUUCUCCGGCAACAUGGCGCGAAGCACUCGAGGCAACGAAGGGAGUCCCCGAUUCAUUCGAGCUGCUGAAAGUUCUUGUCUUCAAGCCUCGCACCGCAAAGAAUGUCGCCCCGGUCCCCGUCAUCGUGAUCGCCAGAGAAGAGACGGAGACGAACAGCACUGCAUUGGGAAAGAAGCUGAAUCUGAAGGAGAUGAGACUGGCUACAGAGGAUUUGCUGGUGGAGGUCUUUGGCGUCAAUAAGGACGGAAUCUCCCCGUUGUCCUUGACCGCCGAGAACUUCCCGAAAGUGCUGACAGUGCUUGAUGGCUCGCUUGCAUCUGCAGCAGGUCCAUUUGCAGUUCACGCCAACUCCGACAAGGAAACGGUCUUCCUGCACGGGCAGGAAAUCGUCGGCUAUCUCCGAUCGUUGGAGGUCACUGACACCAAGAUUACCGAAGUCGACUUUGUUGCGCUGAAGGCCGACGCGACUGCAAACGCGCCGUUAAAGGACGCUAUACCCGCACAAGCAAAAACUGCCACCACGAGCAGGAAGGAAGAUGCCAAGAUUGAAGGUGCUGUGCAGAUUGCCGUAGGCAUUCAAAAGGAGCUCGACUUCCCGGGUUGGUACACAAAUGUUCUCAUAAAGUCUGACAUGCUCGACUACUACUCUGUCAGUGGUUGUUAUAUCCUCAAGCCCUGGUCCUACUCCAUCUGGGAAGCGAUUCAACAAUGGUUCGAUGGCGAAAUCAAGGAGAUGGGUGUCGAGAAUGCAUACUUUCCGUUGUUCGUUUCCGCCAAAGUCCUCGAAAAGGAGAAGGACCACGUCGAAGGCUUUGCUCCUGAAGUCGCUUGGGUGACACGUGCGGGCAACACAGAGUUGGAGGAACCUAUCGCUAUCCGCCCCACCUCGGAGACAGUGAUGUAUCCGUAUUAUGCCAAGUGGAUCCAGUCCCAUCGUGAUCUCCCCCUUCGCUUGAACCAGUGGAACUCUGUCGUUCGCUGGGAGUUCAAGAACCCCCAGCCCUUCCUCCGUACUCGCGAGUUCCUCUGGCAAGAAGGCCAUACGGCACAUUUGACCAAGGAAGGUGCCGGCGAGGAGGUACUUCAGAUAUUGGAGUUGUACCGGCGUGUAUACGAGGAGCUGCUUGCCGUCCCCGUCAUCCCUGGUAUCAAGUCUGAGAAGGAAAAGUUCGCUGGCGGACUUUACACUACCACACUCGAAGGCUUCAUCUCAACAACAGGACGUGGUAUCCAAGCUGCCACAUCCCACUGCCUGGGACAGAACUUCUCGAAGAUGUUCAACAUCGUGGUCGAAGAUCCGAAUGCAGGCACCGGCGAGAACGCGUCCAAGAUCUUCGUAUGGCAGAACUCGUGGGGUCUCUCGACGCGUACGAUCGGUGUCAUGGUCAUGGUGCACGGUGACAACCAGGGCCUCGUACUGCCCCCGCGCGUGGCCAGCAUCCAAGUCAUCAUCGUACCUUGCGGUGUGAACGCCAAGACGAGUGAUGAGAUGAGGAAACGUGUGCCGGAAGAAUGCGACGCGUUGGCAAAAAAAUUGAAGAAAGCUGGGAUCAAGGCAAAGGCGGAUCUUCGCGAUGGGUACACGCCUGGUUACAAGUUCAAUGACUGGGAGCUGAAGGGUGUUCCUAUUCGCCUCGAAAUUGGACCCGCAGAUCUCGAGAAGCAGCAGACUGUUGCAGUACGCCGCGAUACUGGCGCCAAGACCCCCUUGAAGAUGGCUACCGCCGUCGAGGAUGUCAAGCAACUGCUCGAGACUAUCCAGUCUGAUAUGUACAAUAAAGCGAAAGCGACGUAUAACUCUCGGGUCAAAAUUGUUACGGAAUGGAAAGACUUUGUCCCCACUCUCGACAGCAAGUGCGUGGUGAUUAUGCCGUGGUGCGAGAUAGAGGCAUGCGAAGACGACAUCAAAGAGCGCAGUGGUAGAGUUCCGGCUGGAGAGCAGGUCGAUGAGCGUGCUCCUUCUGCCGGUGCGAAAUCGCUGGCCUUCCCCCUUGAUCAAACCAAGUACCCGAAGAUCGAGCAUGGCAAGACCAAGUGUCCCGCGUGCGGCGAAAACGCGAAGAGGUGGAUGCUCUUCGGCAGGUCUUACUAGUCGGUGUUACUCUACUGCAUUUUUUUCUGUAAUCGGGUAUACACCGUCUGAACCUAUUGGUUGUUGAGGGAUGAUAAUGAAAUAUCGAGUUCUCC